GAAGUUGUUAUUCCAGUUUAGUCCCUGUUUCGCCGUUUCAGAAGCAAAUCGAUAAAAAUAAAUUCUCAGUUAGCCCUAGUUCUUCUCUGAGCUUAGCUGACUGUAGCUUUAUCUUCUUCGUUUCUGCGAGAUUUCUGUCGAACCUAUUUGUAUAUCUUCUCUCUUAGAACUCCAAAAAGCCCCAAUUGGUUAGACUGUUCCGAUUCGAAAGGGAAGGUGAAUCCCUAAUUGAAGCAAGUUCAAUUUGUUCAAAGGUUCCUGGCACAAUCUCUCAAUGGGAAGCAAAGGUCGAGGGCCACCUCCCAACAUUAGGCGUCCGCCUCCAGGACCCGGCAUGAUGUAUCCUGAUUCUUUUGGUCCUCCUACGCAUAACCCUCCACCAGUUGAUUUCCCCCCUUUUGACAGGCUACCUCCUCCAGAGAUUUUGGAACAGAAGAUUGGUGCACAACAUCUUGAGAUGCAAAAACUUACUACAGAAAAUCAGAGGCUUGCUGCCACCCAUGUAACUUUGAGGCGAGAUUUAGCUGCUGCACAACAUGAGCUACAAAUGUUGCAUGUUCAGAUAGAAACAGUCAAGGCCAACAGGGAACAAGAGACUAAAGGCCUCAGUGAUAAAAUUUCUAGGAUAGAGGCUGAACUUCAAGCUGCUGAAUCUAUCAAAAAAGAAUUGCCGCAAGCACAAGGGGAAGCUCGCACUUUGUUUGCAGCAAGGCAAGAACUUGUUACUAAAAUACAAAUGCUGACUCAGGAUCUUCAAAGGGCUCACGCUGAUGUGCUACAUAUUCCUCGUUUGCUGGCUGAGUUGGAGAGCCUAAAAAAGGAGUAUCAGCAGUGCCGGACUACCUAUGAGUGCGAGAGGAAGUUAUACAGUGAUCAUCUUGAAUCUCUUCAAGUGAUGGAGAAGAACUACAUGACUAUGUCCAGAGAGGUGGAAAAGCUUAGGGCAGAGUUAGCGAACACUUCUAACUCUGACAGACAAACAGGUGGACCUUAUGGUGGUUCAACUGGAUACAAUGAAAAUGAUGCCACUAAUAAUUAUGCUACUGGGCAAAACAUCUAUGCAGACGGCUAUGGAGUUUAUCAGGGUAGAGGCUCCGUACCAACAGGGACUAAUGCUGGAGGAGUUCCUGCUGUUGACUCACCACAAGUUGGAGCUCAGUCUGUGCCUCCGUCAAACAGGCCUCCUUAUGAUACAUCAAAUAUGUCUGGUUAUGAUGCACAAAGGGGAAUUAGAGGCCCUGUUGGACAUGGUUAUGAAGCACAAAUGGGAUCAAGUGGUCCUGGCUAUGAUGCGCAAAGAGGAUCUGGUUUAGCAGCUUAUGAAGCUCAGAGGGGGCAUGGGUAUGAUAGGGGACCUGGGUAUGAUGCUCAGAGGGCAGCGGGUUAUGAAGCUUACAGAGGACCUGGCUAUGAUGCAUAUGGGGCCCCUGUUUAUGAUCCUAGCAAGGCCUCUAACUAUGACGCAUCUUCCAAAGGCGGUGUUGCAACUCAAGGACAGGUAGCACCUAUAGGAAAUGCUCCUCCUGGGGCAGCUCCCUCACCGGGUCAUAUUGGUCCUGGAUAUGAUGCAUCAGCACAAGGUGGAAAUCCAGCACGUAGAUGAUUCCAGCUCCAGUUUUGUGUUAUUUCUUGAGGAAUACAUCUCGAGCAUUCACUUCAAUUUUACUAUUUGCAGUGUCCCUAAAUAUCAAAUUCACUGCAUCAAGUGACUUGAUGCUGGUUCAUGUAAACGAAGGAAAUCUUGCAUCUUGAUGAGCUGCGUUGUUAGGUUCAAGUUAACCAUAUUUGACGUUUCUUUUAGGAGUCUUAAGAUUUCAUAUCUCACAUUUGGAAAUAUUAUCUAGUACCAAAUUAAAUUGAGGUCAUUUUACUUGAUGAAAAAAGUUCAUAGAA